AUGCUUGUGUCCUCGGUCAUCAUCCUUGUUUCUGCGAUCCUUCCUUUCACCUUUGGCGGCACCCAUAGUCAUAACCAACGUGGACGCCAUCAAGAAUUAGUCCAGCGUGCGCGAGGCGACGUGGGCAUCCACAAACGCUCUUUCGACAACGCACGUUUCACCUUUUAUGAUGUUGGCUUGGGUGCUUGUGGGCAGCACAGCUCUCCCGACGAUUUCGUCGCCGCCCUCAACACCGCUCAAUAUGGGGAAGGUUAUCCGGGUCCGCAAUGCUUCAAGACCAUUACCAUUUUGUAUGGGGGCAAAACCGCCCAGGCCACCAUUAUCGACAAAUGUAUGGGGUGCCCGUACGGCGGGCUUGACUUCUCUACGAGUCUUUUCGAUCAUUUCGCUCCUGAAAGUGGUGGCGUUCUUUACGGAUCAUGGUGGUUCAAUGAUGGCGUUAGCGGACGGGCACUAUCCACGAGCUCCAUAUGGACGCCUACGCCGUCGGGCUAUGCUGCUGACACAAACACCACUACCUCCACCCUAUCUACAUCCGAAACCAGCAUUACAUCUACAAGCGAAACCCCUACUACUUCUCUGACCGACACUAGUACCACAUCUACAAGCGAAACCCCUACCACCUCCCUGACUGACACUAGUACCACGUCCACAACCGAAACCCCGACCACUUCUCUGACCGACACUAGUACCACAUCUACGUAUUCUUCCUCGACGACUUCACUUCACGGUUGA